ACUUGAGCCAUUCUUUGCACAGCAGCGAUAGGAGAGCCUGCAGCUGUUGUUUGCAAGUGGACCCUUUCUGCAGCGAGACCCUGGACCGCACCUGAACCAGUCGAAACCUCCGUCCGUGCCAUGUUCCACUGAGUCAGUACAGAGAGGUGCUGUGUUGAAACGUCAUAUCCAAGACCCUCCUGGGACAAAGACUUUCCUUCUUAGUCCUCCACUCUAAAAACUUGCACAGGCCGGAGAAGCCGAGGUCAGGUGCCGCCAUGGUGCACGGGGGCCUGUGGGCUCUCUCGACUCUGACGCUGGCCGCGCUGUGCUGGUCGGACCAGGCCAUCCGCUGCCCGGUGUGCUCCGAGGAGAAGCUGGCCAGCUGUCAGCUGCCGGACAACUGCGAGGAGACGGUGCGGGAGCCCGGCUGCGGCUGCUGCCCCACCUGCGCCCUGCCCAAGGGGGCGCAGUGCGGCGUCUACUCCCCGCGCUGUGGCACCGGCCUGCGCUGCUACCCGCCGCGGAACAUCGAGAGACCGCUGCACUCGCUCAUGCACGGCCAGGGCGUCUGCACCGACGAGAGGGAGGUGGACGAGAACUCGGUGAUGGAGCGGCAGGAUGAAAUCAUCCCUGAGCAUCCAAACAACAGCAAUAUCCGAUGCAGCCCGCAAGACAAGUGGUGCAUACAGAAAAACCUGGCACGGCAUCCACCAAAAUCCACAAAUCAGAGAAGCAACACAGCAAGGGAGGAAGCCAAGGCAGCUCUGGCUCCCUGUCGUGCUGAGCUACAGCGAGCACUGGACAGAUUGGCAUCGAAUUCCCGCACACAUGAUGAUCUCUUCACCAUUCCCAUUCCCAACUGUGACAAGAAUGGAGAUUUCCAUGCUAAGCAGUGUCAUCCUGCACGUGACGGUCAGCGGGGGAAGUGUUGGUGUGUGGACCAGAAGACGGGCAUGAGACUUCCGGGCCCACUGGAACAGCGAGGGGAAGUGGACUGCCACCAAUUAAUGACUGCAACACUGAGAGAUUGAAAAUGAGGGGGUUGUGUUGAGGGUACAGAGCAGCUUAGUUCCAUGGAUGCUUAUGAGCUGAUCUAAACGUGGGACCCCCCCUCACCCACAGUCACUUCAUUCGGGGCCAAAGGUACUUGAGCUCGUACAACAAAAGGGAAGAAGUUUGAAAAUGAAAUUAGUUCUUUUGUUGUUUUGUUUCUCUACGUAUGUCUUUUGAGCACUUGUCAGGUGUGGCUUCUACUACGGGGUGCUCACACCCAGCUACGGCCAUAGACAUACACUACAAGCAGUAAAAAUAUGCUGACGAGAAACGUUUGUAUUUUCUGUAGUAUCAUGUAAAUGAAGGUCUAGAAACCAACCGUAGAAUUCAAAGUAAAAAAAGUGUAGUCCAGUUUAACCAGCGUUGAAAAUAUGAAGAGGAAAAACAUAGAGUAAAGCCAAAAUCUUCUUCCACAACCAGAUGAUUAAAAUUUUAUAACAGCGAGGCAAAUUUAAAAAUAUUUAACUAUCAGUGUGCGAGAGCCCAGAAAAUGUUUUAUUACCGAGCGAUAGAUCUUCAAACCCCUCUAUUUGCCAAGGACUUGUCUCUCGAACACAUUAGUCCAAAAGGACUGGAAUACCGGGCUAAAAAAAAAAAAAAAAAAGGUAAAUUAAGCUGGCUCGUGUGUUUUUUAUACAUGACAUGAGCGCCUAAUUGCAACAUUGUACAUUAGCUUUGCACACCACUCUAACCACCUGGCUGAGUAUUUCAUAGGCAAGUGUGGUAAAACAUAUAUAGUAGAGUCAAUGCGCCUUACAACAGGUGUGUGUGUGUGUGUGUGUGUGUGAUACAUUUUGUACAACAAAAAUGCUAAUACCACUAUAGGUCAAUAAAGCUAUCUAAGAGCCAGCAUCCUUUGCAGCAGGGGUUCUUAACCUACUUGACCCCGGGCCCCAACUUUUCCCACCACAGAGGGGCCCCGCGGCCCACUCAAAUAUUAGCACUGAAUUAGUCAUCUUACUCUUGAUUUGAAUCAUAUUCAAUAAUUAUACUGUAUAUUCAACCUACUUACAGUUCACAACCUUGUCAAAUGAUAUAUGAGAACGUGUGUUAAUCACAAAGAUUAUUAUCAAGGCUUAGGUCAGGCUGAUUACAAAAAAUGCAUGGCAAUCAAGUGUACUGCGAAAAAGGGACUCGACGAAAAAUGCAUUUACAUACAAUCUUAUAAUAUUGAUUAGAGAUGUCCGAUAAUAUCGGACUGCCGAUAUUAUCGGCCGACAAAUGCUUUAAAAUGUAAUAUCGGAAAUUAUCGGUAUCGGUUUCAAAACGUAAAAUGUAUGACUUUUUAAAACGCCGCUGUGUACACGGACGUAAGGAGAAGUACAGAGCGCCAAUAAACCUUAAAGGCACCGUCUUUGUGUGCCAGCCAAGGCACAUAAUAUGUACGGCUUUUCACACACACAAGUGAAUGCAAGGCAUACUUCGUCAACAGCCAUACAGGUCACACUGAGGGUGACCGUAUAAACAACUUUAACACUGUUACAAAUAUGCGCCACACUGUGAACCCACACCAAACAAGAAUGACAAACACAUUUCGGGAAAACAUCCGCACCGUAACACAACAUAACAAAUACACAGAACGCCUUGCAGCACUAACUCUUCCGAGACGCUACAAUAUACACCCCCCGCUACUCCCCCCCCCCCUCAACCCCGCCCACCUCAACCUCCUCAUGCUCUCUCAGGGAGAGCAUGUCCCAAAUUCCAAGCUGCUGUUUUGAGGCAUGUUAAAAAAAAUAAUGCACUUUGUGACUUCAAUAAUAAAUAUGGCAGUGCCAUGUUGGCAUUUUUUUCCAUAACUUGACUUAUUUUGGAAAACCUUGUUACAUUGUUUAAUGCAUCCAGCGGGGCAUCACAACAAAAUUAGGCAUAAUAAUGUGUUCAUUCCACGACUGUAUAUAUCGGUAUCGGUUGAUAUCGGAAUCGGUAAUUAAGAGUUGGACAAUAUCGGAAUAUCGGAUAUCGGCAAAAAAGCCAUUAUCGGACAUUUCUAAUAUUAAUACAUGUUUCUUAAAUAAACUGUCAAUAAAAUUAAAGUGCAAAUGAAAAUACAGCAUCCCCACUUUAGUCAUAAUGUUUGCGCUUAAGAAACUGCUCUAUGACUUUAGCUUCAGAGUUCUUCGGUUUAAUGGAGAUUGGCAUUACUGCCACAAGUGGUGGAAAAAGUGUAUUACAACUGAGUGCUGCCGCGACCCAUACAGCUGAGAAACAAGAUAUUGUUUGGCGGCCCUGUAGUGGGCGCUCGCGGCCCAAUGGGCCUUGGCGUUGCAGUGUUUAUGUGUUUUGCAUAACAGGGCUAUUUUUUCAGAAUUUUGUAGCUGACAAAAAAACAAUAACAAAUGUCCACUGCAGAGGACACAGGUUGUCAGAAGGAUAUUCUAAGCUAUCUGAACAAAACAACCGUAUCUUAGCCUUUGUGUUAUAGGUGACAAAGCAAUUUAGUGUAAUAUCCAACUUUAUAUCUCAUUAACGAGCAAUUCAUUUUGCUUUUAGGAACUGCAUAGGGCCAAUAAAAAAACGAUCUGCGGGUCAUAAAUGACGCACUUAGGACACCCCUGCUUCACACAAACCCAACCAGUGAGUGUAGUAAAGUUUUAUGAUCAGGAGUUGGCAGUAAACCAACGUCUUUGUUGCUGUAAAGAUAGCUGAAAGGAAGUAAGUCGUUUUGAGACAUCAACACAAAUUCAGUCAAGUUGAUAAAAGCCUAAAGCUCAAAGUAAUAAAACACAUUAAAAAAUGUAGUUUUUCAGGAAUUGGCCGAGAGGGACAAGCAGUAGAAAACGGAUGGAUGGAUGGGAAUAAAGGUGUAUUAUUCUAAACAUUUUAACGCAAACCUAUUAGCAAAGACUGAGCCAAAAACCAUUAAACGUGUCUGGCAGCACAUUUGGGAUAUUUGUUGGGGCAGUGUGUCAUUUAUACAACCAAACAAAAACAUUGCGACCUAAAAACAUUAAUUUAAAAAGUUGUUUUUUUUUCAAACAUGCAAAUAAUAUUUGUGGUUACAAAUAAUUUUUUUAGGUUGCAGAAUUUUAUUUUUUACGUUACAAAUCAUUUGUUUGGUGACAAUUUUUUGGGAAGUUACAUAUCGUUUUUAGGUUAAUAAUUUUUUGGUUACAAAUCUUUUUUUGGUUACCAUUCAACUUUGAUCUUGGGGCGGGGCCUCCUCUGAACAAUAUGUUAGAAGCUUUCUUAUUGGUCAGUCUCGGAUGACGACGUGACUAUAUGGGCGUAAGUGCUGCCUACGUCCGCCCUCAACACACUUGGAGGGAAAAUACCUAAAGACUUGGGGUGGCCGAGAUUUACCAAAAUGAUUUGUAAUUUUAAAAAUUAUUUGCAACCAAAAAUCUUUUUUUUUUUUGGUUGCGGAAUCCAUUUUUCUUUUUGAAAAUCUUUUUUUUCGUUUAGUUGCAUUGGAAGACACAAAUGUAUCUCCAUAAUUGUCCCAGCAUCAACGGGCAGUUGAUCCAUUAGUGGCAGGUUGAAGAACCCAACAGGUCAAUAUGGAAGACGCUAAAAAGCAUGUUUCUUACACCUAGACACUCACGUGUUAAAAAAGCACAUUAAUAGCACAAAAAGAGGAACAGGUCCGUAUUAUAUGGAUAAAUGUUUGUUUAGAAAAACAGAAAAUUAUGUUAAAGGUGUUUCAUAAACACGUCAAGUGCAUAUAUAUAUAUAUAUAUAUAUA